AACUUCAUCUUCUCGUUAACCGCUUCAGUACCAAGGACGAAGAAGAUUUUCAUCGCCAUUGAAACACGGAUUGGUCGCACAGGACGAACGUACGUCCGUAACUACGUUAAGAUUCGCGUUCUGCAACUCCACAUAGUAUAUAUAUGUGUACAUGCACAUGAUGGAGAGGAAGAAGCAUCUUUCCACCAUUGCUAACGAUGUCAUUCGAAGAUGCUCCGAAAUGCUGGGUACCUCCAUGGGUACUCUGGUUGAAGAAUUUGAUAGGGAGUGGGAGCCUGAUCAGAUGAGUGGCUAUUCGAGGAAACUGGUAGAAUUUUGCUGCUCUAAAGCGCUGACGGUUAUCUGCGGCGCCAUUGAUGAAGCAAUUACCGAUGGAACUUUCAGCCGAUUCACGUUUGAUAUGACGCUUGCUUGGGAGACGCCGAGCUCGGCCGAUGAAGAGUCCUUCAAUGAAUGUUUGGGGAAGGAGGGAGAGGAUAAGGAGGCUUCAAAAGUGACGAACCAGCUACAAGACGACAUUCCUCUGUUCUACUCUGACCUGAUGCCACUCCUUGUUGAUGGAGAGGCGAGUGCCGGAGAGGAUGCAUUUGUAUGGUUGGGAAGCCUUGUUCCUCUGGUUGCAGACAGAGUUAAUGGAAGAUUCACCUUUGAGACAUUGACUGCACCUACGGGGAAUCGGCUUCACUUUCCGGCAUAUGACAAAUUCUUGAAAGAAAUCCACAAAUGUAUAAAGCAUUUACAGAAACAAGACAUUCCCAAGGGGGUAGAGCUUGCAGAUGAUGAAUUUAUAUUGCACGUUGAAGGCACCGCAGGUUCGCAGAGAGUGGUGCGCCAUAUUGGAGGAGCUAGCUAUCCUGGCAGGUUGACACUGACAAACUACGCCCUUUACUUUGAGGCAUCAUCUGUCGUCUCCUAUGAAGAUGCUUUAAAACUUGAUCUAUCAAAAGAAACAGAGCGUAGCGUGAAACCUACGGCCACUGGCCCUUGGGGUGCUCCUCUUUUUGACAAAGCCAUAAUCUAUGAAUCCUCUGAACUGCAAGAAGGAGUGGUUUUAGAGUUCCCGGAGAUGACAAGCUCAACAAGGCGAAACCAUUGGCUUGCUCUUAUAAAGGAGGUUAUGUUACUCCACAAAUUUCUGUCGGAGUUCAAAGUCGAGUCACCACUAGAAGUGUGGGAAAUGCAUGCGAGGACCAUAUUAGGAAUUGUACGUCUUCAUGCCGCAAGAGAAAUGCUCAGAAUUGCACCUCCAGAGCCCAAAAGCUUUCUGAUAUUUGCCUUGCUGGAUGAACUGCCAAAAGGGGACUAUGUGCUGCAGGAGCUCGCCGAGAGUGUUAAGAAUUUUACGACGGGGCAUCCCUGCACUGCCAGUUCAGUUCUCAGGAACUUGAAUGUCUCCCAGCCUUAUGUUUCUUUCUUACAGGCACAAAAAAUCAGUGACAAUAAUGAAGCUGUUCAGUCUGAAAAUGUAUCGUCCCUUGAAACAGCCAUUGAUCAAGUGCGCGAGGAGGCGAAAGAAAUGGUCCAGGCUAAAGCCACUGCCGAGGGACUAAAGGAAGAAGGCAUCACUGAAAGUGCACAAAUUCUUCUGGGGCUAGUUAGACCAUUUGGAAGAUUGGUUCCCUGGCUGCAAGGAAUUAUUACAUGGCAACACCCGAAGAUCACCUGGGCCGUGAUUGCCACGAGCUUGGUGGUAGUCUACAAAGAAUGGAUUGGCCUGGUUAUAUCGGCAGUUUUGUUGUGGGGUGUCGUGAAGAUGAUACAAGCUCGGCAAGGAAAGAUUCCGGUAAAGCAAGACAAAAUUGUUAUCCGCACUGGUUCUGAGCAGACGACAAUGGAGAGCAUUGUGUCGGCGCAACAGGAGAUAAAAAGAUUACACGAAAUGAUGCAGCAAACCAAUAUAGCAUUGCUUAAAGUGUGGUCUAUACUGAUCUCAAAAGCUCCAAAGCAUACGAAUCGAGUGAUGAUCAUCAUGAGCUGCUGUGCAGUUCUGCUAUGCGUGGUGCCAUUCAAGCUCAUCCUAAUGAGUUCGAUCUCGUAUGGUUUCUUCACGACGUCGAGGAUCGGGAAGUGUAUGCAAAGCAAAGAAGGCAACCGGCGACUGAGGGAGUGGUGGGACUCCAUUCCUGUCCUCCCUGUCGAGGUUCUUGGCAAUGAAUCCAAGUAACUAACUGGUUGAGAUUCCUUCACCAUCAAGGAGGUCAAUUGGUUGCAGCAGCUACUCAAGGGGAUGAUAUGCAUGUUUGCGAAUUGUGAUGUGAUUCAAUAGAGCAGCAGUGGUUGUCUGUAGAGUUCUCUUAUUUCACACACACACACACACAUAUAUAUAUAUAUAUAUAUAGACUGUAGUAUAUAUGUACAUAUAUACACCAAGGAUUGAAACUCCCAGUUAUCUUCAAUCAUAUUAUAUUAUCUCUUUGCAAGA